GCUGACCCUGGUCACUGUGUUUCACCGUAUCACACACCGGAAUUGAGAAUAAUAACACCGUCUUCUCUAUUCCAGAGGCAGAAUGCGGGACAUGCUUGAGACACUGCGCAACGUCAGCGAGGCCUGGGAGGAUGAGGAGCACAUGGAAUACGACGAGAGCAAGCUGCCCAAAAGUCAAGAGGCGAUCGUCUUUGAGAACUCCUUGGACAUUGAGAGGAUCCUGAAGGAAGCCGAGUCCAUCCGCAAGGAGAUUUCCUUGCUCCUCUUGGAGGUGGAGCGCCUAAAGAAGAACAACGAGCGCUUUCGCACCACUGUCCGUCACCUCUCCUCGGUCAAGCGGGACUCGGACGAGAUCGCCAGGGGGAUCCAGAAACAAGGGCAAAUGCUGCAUACUCGCAUUUUGGCACUGGGUGCGGAGAGCACAAAGAUGGCGGAAAGGGAAGGGCCCAACUCGGCUUCGAGCCGCAUCGCUUGCAUGCAGUUUGACUCGCUCAUCCUUGCCUUCCAAGCCGCCAUGGGGACCUACAACCAGGCGGAAGAACUGCAGCGUUCGAUUAGUAGGGAGCGAAUCCAGCGGCAGGCCUCCAUAUUAGGGACGAAAAUCACUGACGAGAAACUCAAUGAAAUUGUCGACAAAGGAUUCGAAGGCUGGAACGAGUUGUCGCAGAGUCUGCCGACUCAAGAGGGUCAUUCCUCUCGCUGGGCAAUGACCGAAAUCAAAGACCGGCAUAUGGAACUGGUGGAACUGGAGGCCCGGCUCAGGGAAGUCCAUGAACUGUUCGAGGAUAUGGCGAAGCUGACGGAAGAGCAGUGCUCCAUGCUGGAUAAUAUCGAAGCCAAUGUGUCAAA